AUGUUCCGAGGCGACAUCUUUUCAAACCCAACCACCAUCCUCCUCUACGGCUGGGGCGACGCCCGCCCCAAACACCUCGCCAAGUACGUCGACGGGUACCGCGCCCUCUUCCCCGCGGCCAAACUCGUCGUGGUCCUCUGCCCCAUCUUGCGCUGCCUUUACCAGACCCUCGAAGCCCGUUCCAAGGCCAUGACCCCCGUCAUCUCCGCUUGCUUCGGUUCCUCUCGGGAGUCUGCUGCAGACCACAAGUCUUCGACCCAAAACAGAAUCCUAGUACAAGUCAUGUCCAACACAGGCGGCAUGUACUUCGCCGCCACUUUGAACGCCUACCGCCAGCGUUUCGGCCAAUGCUUUCCUCAUCACAUGCUCGUCCUCGAUUCCACGCCCGGAAGCACUUCCUUCCUACAAAACGCCGGGCCGUGGUCACGCGCCAUGGCUUUGGGAGCAUCAGGAUACUUGCCAGGUAUGCCGUUCAUCGUCACGCAAGCGAUGGCGUGCAUGUUCCUGGCGGCGCUGCAUGGGUUCGGGUGGUUGAUUGGCGCGUCGAGCGCGGCGGCGUAUAGUGUGGCGGCGGUGAACAACGAGGAGCUGUGUGCAAGAGGAGCGAUGAGGCUGUAUGUGUACUCGAAGGAGGACGAUAUUAUUUACUGGGAGGAUAUCGAAAGCCAUGCGGCGCAGGCGAGGCAGAGGGGGUAUCAGGUGGAUAUGGACAUGUUUGAGGGGACGCCGCAUGUAGGGCAUAUGAGGAUGCAUUCGGAGCAGUAUUGGGGGGCGGUGGGGAAGACUUGGAGGGAGGCGGUUGGUGGGUUGUGAGGGGUCUUGUUGUUGUUUGGUUAUGGGGAGGGACGUGGUUGGGUUGGAAAUUUACUCGGGGGUUGAGAAAGAGGGUAAUGUGGUGGAAGGGCUUGGAUUUGUUGAAACAAAAGAACAGUGAGUUACAGGCGCUUUGGAUACUAAAAGGCAUAUUACAGCAUUAGAAUUGGGAUUGAAUGGAUAGAUAUUAGAAGG